UUGUCACACUGGUUCUGGUGUAUCUUCAUUGGGGUUGGAGAGCUGCUGUGGGGACAGCUAAUUUGCACAGUACCCACCAGCAGACUCAAGUUCCUGAAGGAGGCUGGCCAUGGGCUAUUGAAAGAGGACAUUCAGCAGAGGACCGGAAUGAGAUUGAUCAUGCAAAAAAUGGAGCUUAGGAGAGGCCAGAUUUUGUGGUUCAGAGGCUUAAACCGAAUACAGACUCAGAUUAAAGUGGUGAAUGCGUUCCGAAGCUCCCUCUACGAGGGGCUAGAGAAGCCACAGAUCCGCAGUGCCAUCCAUAGCUUCAUGACCCAUCCAGAGUUCACUCCACAGGAGGCAGGACCUGCCACCGAUUUCGAAGACAUCGACAGUGACAGCGAGGGUGAGGAAUCUAAGGGUGUCUCAAACAGGCACAAAGAUCAGACACACAAUCACAACAAUAAUUCUUCUGUUGACCCACACACAUUGGAUAUCACAGUGUCUCCAGCUGAAAGCUCACUGCACAGCAUGGAAACCUCCAUCUGAUGCCAAUG